AUGCGAAAAGUGACUGACUGUUCACAGACCUCAGUGAUAGAAAUCCGUCGUUACCAGAAAUCCACCGAGCUUCUGAUCCGGAAGCUGCCUUUCCAGAGGUUGGUGAGGGAGAUCGCCCAGGAUUUCAAAACCGACCUGAGGUUCCAGAGUGCCGCCAUUGGUGCGCUUCAGGAGGCUAGUGAAGCGUACCUGGUGGGUUUAUUUGAAGAUACUAAUCUGUGUGCCAUCCACGCUAAGAGAGUCACCAUCAUGCCCAAAGACAUCCAGUUGGCUCGCCGGAUACGGGGAGAGAGAGCUUAAGUGAAGGCAGUUUUUAUGGUGUUUUGUAGUAAAUUCUGUAAAAUACUUUGGUUUAAUUUGUGACUUUUUUUGUAAGAAAUUGUUUAUAAUAUGUUGCAUUUGUACUUAAGUCAUUCCAUCUUUCACUCAGGAUGAAUGCGAAAAGUGACUGACUGUUCACAGACCUCAGUGGUGUGAGCGCUGUUGCUCAGGAGUGACAAGUUGCUAAUGUGCAGAAGGGAUGGGUGAUACUUCUUGCUUCUCAUGAUGCAUGUUUCUGUAUGUUAAUGACUUGUUGGGUAGCUAUUAAGGUACUAGAAUUGAUAAAUGUGUACAGGGUCCUUUUGCAAUAAAACUGGUUAUGACUUGAUCCAAGUGUUUAACAAUUGGGGCUGUUAAGUCUGACCAUACAUCACUGUGAUAGAAUGUGGGCUUUUUCAAGGGUGAAGAUACAAGUCUUAACCACAGUGUAACUUACAGUUUCCUUAUUAAAAAAAAAAAAAAAGUAAACCUGGCAGC